CUCGCCUCUCUAACCACAUAUUCUCCACCCCCUCUCAGAGCUCACUAGCCACCAGAGAAGCGCAAAAUCAAGAAAAUAUAUAGAUCAAUAAUUCUCUCAUGGCUAAGGACGUGGAAGUUGCAGAGAAUCCUGGAGAAUUCUCGGCCAAAGACUACCAUGACCCUCCACCUGCACCUUUGAUCGAUGUAGAGGAACUUGGAAAAUGGUCCUUCUACAGGGCUCUUAUUGCAGAGUUCAUUGCUACCCUUCUUUUCCUUUAUAUCACUGUGUUGACAGUAAUUGGAUAUAAGAGUCAGACUGACCCUGCCAAGAAUUCUGAUGCUUGUGGUGGUGUUGGUAUUCUUGGCAUUGCAUGGGCCUUUGGUGGCAUGAUCUUUAUUCUUGUUUACUGCACUGCUGGUAUCUCUGGAGGACAUAUUAACCCAGCUGUGACCUUCGGGCUGUUCCUGGGACGCAAGGUGUCACUAAUCAGGGCCCUUUUGUACAUGGUAGCACAGUGCCUGGGUGCAAUAUGUGGGUGUGGUUUGGUCAAGGCCUUCCAAAAGGCUUAUUACACCAGGUAUGGAGGUGGGGCCAACGAACUCUCUUCUGGGUACAGCAAGGGCACUGGUUUGGGUGCUGAGAUCAUUGGUACCUUUGUUCUUGUCUAUACUGUCUUCUCUGCCACUGAUCCUAAGAGGAAUGCAAGAGAUUCCCAUGUUCCUGUAUUGGCACCUCUCCCUAUUGGAUUUGCUGUGUUCAUGGUUCACCUUGCCACUAUUCCAAUUACUGGCACUGGCAUCAACCCUGCUAGGAGUUUUGGAGCUGCUGUUAUCUACAACAAAGACAAGGCCUGGGAUGAUCAAUGGAUCUUCUGGGUUGGACCUUUUAUUGGAGCCGCUAUUGCUGCUUUCUACCACCAAUACAUUCUGAGAGCAGCAGCCAUUAAGGCUCUAGGAUCCUUCAGGAGCAAUGCUUAAUUUAGUUUUUAAUUUAUUUGAUAAUUUGAAGAAAGAUGGUGAUGAUGCUUGAGAAGAAUAACAAUGGAUGAUGAUGAAUGAGCAAGUUGUCUUUUAAGAAGGGGUCCCUUCCCCAUUUUCUCUCUUUUCCCUUUCAAGGGUUUUGAGGGAGAAAAUUGGAAAAGCCCAUGGAAUUGUAAAUAAUAAAAAUUUAUGGUCAAGGUGGGGUGUCUUUUCUAUCCCUGUUGCUUUUGUUAUGAUUUGUAUUUUUAAGUUGUCACUUUUGUUUAUCCUUUGAUCCUUAUCUUAUGAUCUUCAGCUCCUAGUUUUUCCCAAUCCAUUAUCUUUUGGGUGUAUUUCAUCUUGGUUGUGCUUAAUUAAUCUAGUAAAAUGGGUUUUGUAGUC